CAAUUCGAUUUGUUUUUCGCAAACCUUCCUUUCGACCGGUCAUCAUUCACCUCGGAUCCACGCGUCAUUGAUGAUUGCACCCAACCUGCUCGACAAAAAGCGUGAGACAAACCAUCAUUUUACAACCUCCUCUUUCUCUCUUUCUCCCCCAAUCUCCGGCCGGCUUCCAGCAGCAGCAGCACCACCACCGUCAGCCGACGACCCACCACUGUGGUCGCAACCUUUUUAAAGUAAUAUCCUUUGUUGUCUUCUCAAUUACUUCGUUCCCCCCGACCCACAACCCCGGAAACAGAGAAUCUGCUUUACUCAUUUUCACUUCCGCUUUUCUUCUUUGCCUUUUUUAAGCGUUUGAGGUAACUCCGCGGGUUCGGUCGUCUUGUGAUCCGUGCUCGCUCGCUCGCUCGCUCGCUCACCAACGCACGCACGCACGCACAGAGAGAACACCCAAGAAUCGACGAGCGUGUUAGUAUAAUAUCCGAAGAAGGGUCCAUGCUGGUUGGUGGUGGGAUGUGGGGUUUUCCUUUCCUGAGUUGUAAAGACCCACUCUUGUUUUGGUUGCCCUCCUGACGACCACAAUUGACGCGGUGAGAGAGAGAGAAAGGGAUAGGCGCUUGUGUGGUACGUCUGUUGGCUUGCUACGUUGAGAGUGAAGCAAUAAUUUCAGCUCUCUCUCGUGGAAGCUGAGGUGGGUUUGACUCGUUAUUGGACUAGGAAGAAGAGGGGUGAUCGUGGGUUCCUCUCAUGCUUGGUGAUGGCUCCUGCAGGCAAGGUCUAUGGGUUCCAUCGCGAAGGCAAUCACUGGUUUUGCACUGCGGCUUUGCCGAGUGACAUCACAAUCAUUGUGGAAAGCAUCAACUUUCAUCUUCACAAGUUCCCUCUCGUGUCAAAAUGCGGGAAGAUAGCAGAUAAAUGUGAAGAAUCUUCGAGCAGCGAAGACAGGACUUUCACACUAGAGCUGGACGAUUUUCCUGGUGGCCCUGAUUCUUUUCUUGUCGCUGCCAAGUUUUGUUACGGUGUUCGUGUGGAAUUAACUCCUAGGAACAUUGCGACAGUCUACUGUGCAGCAGACUUUCUUGAAAUGACAGAUGCAUAUGGAGAAGGUAACUUGCUUUCCAAGUCAGAAAGUUAUUUACACAAGAAUGUGCUUCGUAACUGGAAGGAUUGUAUACUGGCUCUCCAAAGUUCCGAAGCUGUCAUAACCUAUGCCGAAAAACUACAGAUACUUAGCAAAUGCUUGAAUACACUGUCCACGAUGGUUUGUACCGACCCAAGCUUGUUUGGAUGGCCCAUGAUGAUGUAUGGAAGCUUACAAAGCCCUGGUGGCAGCAUUUUAUGGAAUGGGAUAAACACAGGAGCGAGAAUUCGAAGUUCAGAAUCUGACUGGUGGUUUGAAGACAUAUCAUAUCUAAGUGUGGGGGUGUUUGAGAGGCUUAUUAGGACAAUGGAAUCAAGAGGUGUUAGGUCCGAGAAUCUGGCUGGUGCUAUUAUGCACUAUGCUAGAAAAUACCUGCCUGGUCUGGGCAGAUGGCAAGGAGCGCAAAGUGGCAAAACCAGAACAGUUGCUAGUUUUAGCUUGACACCUGUCAUUGUCGAUCAAAGGGUUCUACUUGAAAGCAUUGUUAAUCUUCUCCCUGAAAAGAAGGGGAGAUCUUUUUGUCGCUUCUUAUUGGGGCUCCUUCGGGUUGCGUUCAUCUUGGAUGUCAAUCAUACGUGCAGGGAUGCAUUGGAGAGGAGAAUAGGGGUGCAAUUGGAGUUGGCUACCCUAGACAGUCUUCUGAUACCUACAUACUCGGAUUCCGACACUUUGUAUGAUACUGACUGUAUUGAGCGGAUUGUCCAUUAUUUUGUUUCUCUUGAAUCGAAGGCCUCAUCAUUUUCUCCCGCAUCAUUUGAGCUGGAAACAUCUCCCUCUGCAGGACCUUCAACCAAAGUCGCAAAGUUGAUAGAUGCUUAUAUUGCUGAAGUAGCUUCUGAUGUAAAUCUGAAGCCUCAUAAAAUUUGUUCUAUUGCUGAAGCUCUUCCCGACACUUCAAGAGUUUUGCAUGAUGGACUAUAUAGAGCUGUGGAUAUCUAUCUCAAGGCACAUCCGUGGCUCUCAGACAAGGACAAGGAAGAACUUUGCAACAUCAUUGAUUACCAGAGACUGUCCAUUGACGCCUGUGCCCAUGCUUCCCAAAAUGAAAGGUUGCCACUGAGAGUCGUUCUACAAGUUUUGUUCUUUGAGCAGAUGCAACUGCGAACAGCUUUGGCUGGUUGCCUUAAUGUCUUAGAUACUGAAAGUGCAGCAGUGGGUCCGGUGUCUGCUCCGACCAACAUGGCAGGACAAAUUGUGCAGAGAGAUGGAUGGGUGGCAGUAGUGCGCGAGAACCAGGUCCUUAAAGUCGAUAUGGAGAAAAUGAGGUCUAGGGUGGGGGAACUCGAAGAAGAAUUCAGUAAGAUAAAACAAGAGAUGAGAAGGGUGGCCAAAUCACAUAGCUCUCUCAGUUCACCUCGCUUGGUUGCCAGGAAAAUAGGAUGCAAGCUUCUUCCACGACCUUCGGACGCACAACCAGAUCAUGCUGAAAGCAGUGGCCCCGCUCCAAGAAAGUCGGUCGAGCAUGCACGGCCUUCUCGUCAUUCCAGACACCGAAAGAGUUUCUCAUUAGUCUGAAAAUUGAUCUGGAAAAGGUUUUGGUCUUUUGAGAUACCGGAUAUUGAUAUUGAUCUAGGAAGACAGUAUGAGGAGGAGCCACAGUCAAGAUUGGAGGCUUCUGGAGGCUCCUCCGCAUACUAUCUUUUUCCUUGGCUCGACUUUCUAGUCAUUUUUACAGCAAUGAAUAGAGGAUCACACUUAAUUCGGUAGAUGACCCCCCAAUUCCAGCAUACGUGCAAUGCUUGGUUUCAAAGAUGUAGAUGCUGGGUGGUCACUGAUAAGCUCGAUGCAGGUCUCACGAUCGAGCAUCUGUAUAUUUUUCAUUGUCUGGUCAUGGGAUAGGUGUAUCUCUACGUUGCCGCCUUCUUUUUGUACCUUCUGUAAUCAUGGUGUUAUACAUGUACAGUUCAUGUGCGGAACUAUAGAUUGUGAACAGAGCUUCAAGAUUGGACAUUACACAGAUACAAACUCCUGAAUGAUGUGCA